GAAACACGAAAGAGGUGGACAGUCUACGCGAUGUGAUACACGCAGAAACGACGCCUCCAUAACCGUCACUGCGCAAAAGCGCGAGAGUAGUGUUUAUCAACGCGCUUAUGUACUGGAUUAACUAAACAAACAGUCAGCGGACCAUUACUAGCUCGUAGACCGUCGAUCAGAAUGGUCCGAAAUUGUGACCGAAAAGAGACAUCUUUUCAAACUUGACAACAUUUGCAAACAGCUGACGAACACGUGAAUGGAACUACGCGGGUGAUUAGUCGCGACAAGUGUAGCACCACGAGUGAGUGAACUAACCGUUGUUCGAAGCACAUUGGCUAUCGUACUGCUAAUUGAAUUAAAGCAUCACACUAUGCAAGCCAUUCCACCGUAUAAGACUGCUGCUAAUCUCCUAAUCCACUAGUGCAGUGAAAUCCGCGGCACACAGUUAAAGCAAUGGUGACAUAGUUUGUCCAGGGAAGAGUGAUCGUUCAAUAAGAAAAUACCCUGUGAUUAGGCGGUGAUACAGUGAAUCAUGAAACUACUUCUGAAAAUACACAACAAGGAGCGGAAUCAUCCCAAUCCGCAACGCAAACGUAAAUACUACCGUCGAGUAUCCAAGUCAUCAGCCGGCAAGAAUUCAUCAACAUGUGCAGAAGCCGGCUGCACAGCUAGAUCCGGUCGAAACAAUCAAGGAAGAGGUUUACCAUCACCAGAGCAAACAUCAGUAUUGAGACAGGAACGAUACUUCCUAUAUGCAGCGCUCAUUAUAUUUACAAUAGUUGCCUUCUCUACAGCAUUAUAUUUUAUCAUUAAACAUACUCAAAACAUCACCAAUCCUAGUCAACCGGAGAUCCUCUUCGGAAACGAUUAUAUAUCGGGAACAAUUCCCAAUCUCGGAAACGGCCAUCUAGUCAUCGACCGUCAAAAUUGGGGUGCCCAGGCCGAUACUCGCGGUCCAUACCCUUUAAAACACCCAACACCCUACGUUUUGAUUACCCACAUAGGAGUCCAGUCAACACCUUGCUUGGAUAUGUACAGAUGCUCAAUCAAAAUGCGAACAAUCCAAGAUGCGGCCGUAGCCGAGCUGAGCUUACCAGACAUCCCCAAUAACUUCUACCUUGGCGGUGAUGGAUUCAUCUAUGUUGGUCGAGGUUGGGACAUAGCGAACGCCUACGCAAACCACACAUUGUCGGUGUGCUUCAUGGGAGACUACGUUCGGUACGAGCCGAAUGAUAAACAGUUCUCUGCCCUUGACCAUCUGCUAGCCCACGGAGUAGCAAAGGAUUUUCUGACCAAGGACUAUCAACUCGUUGCCCAUAAUCAGACCCGAACCACCAGAAGCCCAGGCCCGUACAUCUACGAACGGAUAUCGAAAAUGCCCCGAUGGUCUCCUUGUGGGUCUCCGGGUCACAGCGCAUGCGGUGCCGAAAUUGGACUGCCACUCAUUUGGGCCCAGGAUUAUCCGAAGAAGAACGUCACCAAACCCGUGAAUUAGGCAAACGUGUGAAUGGAGUAUCAAUUGGUGCUAAAUACAUACAUACAUCAUUUUGACGCGUGUAAUUUUGCUUGAAUGCAGUGCAGUGGUAGAAAAAGCAAACACUCGUUCGUAAGCAGCAAAACCUGGCAAAAUUAUUAUAGAAACGGCAAACGGAAACAGACACUCAAGAUCGUUUGUUUGAAGAGUGGGGUGCGUUAGGCGCGAUAAGCAUUGGCCGGGUAAAUCAUGUGAACCUAAUUCGGAAUCUCCGUCAGAUGAUCUAGAUAUGAUUGAGUGUAAAAUUCUUUAUGAUAGGAAAUGUGACUAUGAGGUAACUUGCAAACAUUGUAAAUUAAUAUGCUCAUAUGAAUGCAACAUAUUGUAUGCAAAUCGAUGUAUUGUUAAUUAGAUAGUUAAGCUUGGUAUUUACGCAUGUUGACUUCGUAGUGAUAUGCUCAAAUUAAUGUACAGGUUGGAAAUCACGUUCAUAAUAAUUAAUAAUAAAUGGAAACUUUAAAAC